CCAGGUGGACUCCCUAUGCAGCAGCCCUCUCCCUCUUACUCCUCCCCCUGUUAUAAAGCAGGAGGAACCGCAGCCGCGUCAGUCCAGAGUUCAGCAGCAGCCUCACAAACACCGACAUCUCCCAAGACUCUAGAACCGGGUGUCUUGUGUCACGGGCGGAUCCAAUUUUUUUAUCAUUUCUCCCAGAGACAUUACUUUUUGGUGCAGGUUGGACUUUACGCAUUGCUUGUUAAGACCCGCUGCGCGCUGUCACCUGGAGGCUUCGCCAUGGCGCGCGUGCUAGUGCCAUGUCUGCUGGUGCUCAUCUCAGCUCAGACGACUCUCUCCUCCGGUGUGUUCCAGCUGAAGAUCGACUCCUUCACCAGCCCCAGCGGCAUCUGUCACUCCCAGUCAGACUGCCAGAUCUUUUUCCGCGUGCGCCUCGCGCACUCGCAGAGCGGUAUCAGCCCAGAGCCCCAGUACACGUACGGGAUCGCGCUCACCGAUGUCCUCAGCGCCGACCCCAGCUCCAUCUCCCAGAGCGAGCCCAUCAGGGUGCCGUUUGCCUUCAAAUGGCCGGGGACUUUCUACCUGAUCACAGAAGUCUGGAACGCGGAGUCUUCAGUUUUGAAGUCCACAGAGAACCAGAACAACCUGAUCAGCCGGAUGGCGGCCCGUCAUCAGCUCCAAGCUGGGGAGACGUGGACCAAGUACAUGGGCCUGGACAACCAGAACGAGCUGCGGUUCUCCUACCGCGUGGUGUGCGACGAGCACUACCACGGCCCGUCCUGCUCGGCCCUCUGUCGGCCGCGGAACGACACCUUUGGUCAUUACAGAUGUGACGGCGAGGGGACCCGCCACUGCCUGGCGGGCUGGAGGGGCGAGUACUGCACGGACCCCAUCUGUGCAGGAGGCUGUGCCGAGCAGCGUGGCUUCUGCGAGUCGCCCGGCAAGUGCAAGUGUCAGCAGGGCUGGCAGGGCGAGCGCUGUGACGAGUGCGUGCGGCACCCCGGCUGCAUCCACGGGACCUGCCAGCUGCCCUGGCAGUGCAACUGUAAGGAGGGAUGGGGAGGCCUGUACUGCAACCAAGACCUGAACUACUGUACCAACCACAAGCCCUGCCAGAAUGGCGCCUCAUGCACCAACACAGGUGAGGGAAGCUACACCUGCACGUGCCGACCAGGCUACUCCGGCAAAAACUGUGAGAUGGAAACCAACGAGUGUGACAGCAACCCCUGCAAGAAUGGCGGAAGCUGCAAAGAUUUGGUGAACAGUUAUGUGUGUGCAUGCCCUCAGGGCUUCCAUGGGAAGAACUGCGAGAUCAGCGCCAUGACGUGUGCAGACGGGCCGUGUUUUAACGGAGGAACCUGCGUGGAGACGGACACCGACGGGUACAGCUGUCGCUGCCCCUCUGGCUUCAUGGGCUCCAACUGCGAGAAGAGAAUUGACAGAUGCAGCAGCAGUCCCUGUGCUAACGGUGCGCUGUGCCUGGACCUGGGUAACCGGCUCACAUGUCGCUGUCAGCAGGGCUUCACCGGCGAUCGUUGUGAGAUCAACGUCGACGACUGCGCGAGCAACCCCUGCCGCAACGCCGGCACCUGCGUGGAUGGCAUCAACAGCUUCACCUGCACGUGCACACUGGGCUUCUCCAGCAAGGACUGUUCCGUGCGCAGCACCCCUUGCAAAAGUUUUCAGUGCAACAACGGCGGCUCGUGUUUCACACACUUCACCGGGCCUGUGUGCCAGUGUCCGUUAGGUUUCAUGGGCCAGCAAUGUGAAUACCCAACACCGGUCACCAUGCCACCAAGAACCGAAGACGCCUCUCCUGCGCUGAUUGCAGCUGUCGUGCUCGGUUUGGUGACUCUGACGCUGCUGGUGUGUGCCGCCAUCCACCUUCUGCGUCAGCUUCAGUGGGGACGAAGGCUUGCAGCCAUCUCUGGAUCAGUGAAGAAUGAUCUGGAGACGGUAAACAACCGUAACGCCGUGAUUGGUGGGGGCGGGCCCAACAAUGGGAACCUACCAGGAGGGCCGUCAGGCAGCUUGAAGGAAAAAGAGGCCUUUCUCGUCCCUGGAGGUCAAUGCAAAGUGUCCAAUAAAGAUGCAGCGUUGGUGGAGAAGAGCAGCGACAUGUCCAUGUUUAAAAACAAAAUGGCUGACUGUAACCUGGCAAAGGAGGAGCAGCGCUUGGAAAAGAACAAGUUUGACCCUAAGAAAUCCGACUCUUCCAUCAUCGUGCCCCCUCUCAGUUUUGCAAAGGACAGUCUGUAUCGUCCGGUCUUCAUCAUCCCAGAGCAGAUGGAGCAGUGUGUGUUUGCCACCGAGGUGAGCGUCUAACCAUCAUUUUUAAGAUCCAACAGGAAAAAUCCACAACCUGGUAAAUACAGUUUGAGGAUGAAGCUCCUCAGUCAUCCAGGUUGUGGUCGUUCCACACAAAGCCACUGGAGAUCAAGAGCCAACAAAAGAAGUCCAGUCUCCUUGUUUUCGAGCACUUAGGAGGACGCGUUUUCACAACAGCCUUUUCUACACACCUCAGACUUCUGGCUGUUGAAGCUGAACCUCUUUUGAAAUGAAAUAUUUAAAAACCCUCCUGAUAGCAGCGGGGGUGAAUCUAGCAAACCUCCUUUCAUUUAUCUGUUCCACCUCAGAGGAAGUGUUGGAUGUAGACCCUGCAGACGAGCUUCUCACUGAAAUAUGGUUUUUAUUGGAUGGUCAGAUUUCAGUCUGCCAACUGAAGGGCACACCCCCUUUUACAUAACCCGGGCCUAACCCCGGCUUUCCACCGGAGCCGUCAGCAGCACGUCUUGCUCGCGUAAGCUGCUGCUUGGCCCUUCCCACGAGACGCGAAGCAGCAGGGGAGCAGCCGUCACCGACCGAGCACGAAGUCACACGAGUGACUUUGUCAGUAAACACAACAACAAGCAGGAGAAAACUACAACAUGGUUUGUGUUUUAUGUUCUGUCCGUUCUAUAAUCGCCAAUACGGACCUGAAAAACAAAGGAGACCGCUAGCUAGGUGAUAACUUCUCACGGGGCCGCACAGUUAGUAACCUUUUUUAAAAGUAAAGCAACCGGAAGGCAGUACGUUCUUUAUUCUGAAAAUCUCGGGAGCUUCGCUCCGUUUCCGCGUCCGAUUUCCUGUCUUUCCUUCCCCAAAAAUGUCGAACUUGACCCGUUUCAGAGACGUUGCGCGUAGAAAAUAGAACCGGCGCGUAAAGGCCGCGACAUGCUGCUCCUGAGACGGGGCCGACUCGCGCUGCUGACGGCUCCAGUGGAAAAGGUUCUGUUGACCACAGCGGUUCCUAUCAGCAGCUAUGACGUGCUGCUGACGGCUCCGGUGGAAAGCAGGGGUUAGACAGAUCUUCAUCGUUACCAUGGAGAUGAGCUGUGGAGGUCGCCACAGGAGGUGUGUAGUUAGAGGCGGGUGUCUUUGGUGUCUUUACAUGAACGCCCAUUGUGGAACCAAAGAGAAGAAAGACUUUGUUGUUUAUUAUUUGGGUGUUUGGUUAUUUGGGUGUUUUGGUUUUUCAUCCAGUUCAAUGCAGUAAACAGUCAGCGGACUUCUUAUUUUCCAAGAAAACGUUUUGCUUCCCAUCCAAAAAGCUUUUUCAGUCUAAACUGAAAACGGGACAGCAGCAGCUGAGGAGGUAGAGCAGGUUGUCUACUCAUCAGAAGGUUGCAGGUUCUAUCCUGGCUCCGACCAGAAAAUGCUGCUGUUGCGUCCUUGGGCAAGACACCCAACCCACCUCGCCUGCUGUGGGGGUCGGAGGGACCGGUGGCUCCAGUGUUCAGCAGGCCUCUCCUCUGGCUACGUUGUAGCUCAUCAUCACCAGCGUGUGAAUGACUGAUUAUGUUGUGAAGUGCCUUGGGGGGUUGUAGAACCCUAAGAAGGCACUAUAUAAAUACAGGCCAUUUACCCUUCUCCAGACUCAACAGGAUCCUCAAUGUGAACUAGUUUAGGAACCACUUAGCAGAUCCAGAUGGGGCGACGGUGGCACAGGAGUUAAGUGCUUGCCCCGUAAUCAGAAGGUUGCAGGUUUGAGUCCCGCUCAGUCUGUUGCUGUUGCUGUGUCCUUGGGCAAGACACUUAACCCACGUCGCCUGCUGGUGGUGGUCGGAGGGACCGGUGGCGCCAGUGCUCGGCAGCCUCGCCUCUGUCAUUGCGCCCCAGGGCAGCUGUGGCUACAUCGUAGCUCAUCCCCACCAGUGUGUGAAUGUGUGAAUGACUGAUUGUGUUGUAAAGCGCCUUGGGGGGUUCCAGGACUCUAGAAGGCGCUAUAUCAAACACAGGCCAUCCUCUGUCCCAGGAAUCACCACGGUGUCUGUUGUCCUGGUCCACUCAGCUGAUGUCAGUGAUUAUGGAUGUGGUCCAAGACAAAAGUUACAGUCCAGCAUUAAAAAGAGGACUUGGUCAGCCAUGAACCCCAAACACACCUUAACGAAUGUGUGUGCAGCAGUUAAAAUGAUAAAACUCUUUUCUUCUACACAAGGAGAAACACCUGAUGACUCAGGAAACUCUGCCAAACCCAAAGAGUCUGGGUAGAUUUAGGAGAACGAGUGAAACCAGCAUGAUGCAUUUAUAAACAACAGCAUAAACUCUUAUUUGGGAGAUGAAAGAAUGUGUAACAGCGUGGAAAUCAGCCAGCAUUGAGGGUUUUUAUUUUCGCUGGCCCCCAUCCCAUUCCAACACAUUUCCACUUGGCCUUUCCCCGGCCAGCCAAUCACAGCCUGCUUUCUCGUUUGGGUGGGGUUUAUGGAUGCUAUGGUAACACUGCAUUCUUUGGGAAAGGGAAUUUACAAGCUUUGGCCAGGAACAACAAAAAGAGUUGGAGCUCAGAUAAAGUUUCCCAAACCUUUUAGUGGAAAACACCACCUUUUCUUGAUGCCUUCUGAGGAGCAUUGAUUGCAGCAUUAGGGGCGGAGCUUCAUCAGGACGUGUGUUGGGGUUUUGUUGCUCUGAUUGGUUGUGCGUCUGCCUGGUUGCUCUUGUUUUUCUUUCCUCCCCUUGGUGAGCUGGACAGAACCAGAAACCAAACUGAUAUAGGGCUCCACUGGCUCUCACCUGGACCAGGCGGAGUCUGUCUGGAGAUGCUAGUGUGACAUGUUUGCAUAUUGUGGUCUAACCCAUAUGGAAACUAGCCCCCAGACAUUUAUUGAUGAUGCUUUUUAUCUUACUGAAGUAUUUUUCCUGGUCUUAUGUUGCCUGGAGGCUAAGUUGACGUAAUAUUUCAGAAUUUCGAGGGUAAAUGUUAGAAUUCUUUGAGCUGUCUGAAGAUGUGCUGCUCAACCAGCUGCAUCGGGUCUGUUUCACAGCGAACCUUUUAACAUGUAAAAGCACAGGUGCAAAAACAACGACUGCAUUCCACUUCCGCAGUAGUGCGUGAUGAUUUUCCUGGAAAUCGCGCUGAAUUUCUUCUAAAUGGAACGCAGCCUACGUUAACACACCGUUGACGUUGGUGUGACACAGGCUUGGUUUGUGCUGGGCUGCUCACCCUGUCAUCCUGGGGAUGGUUUUAUUUUCCAUAAAGAAUCCGAUUGGUCAUGAAUUUGUUUCCCAGCGAUGGGAGUUGUACCCGUUUCUGGCUCCUAAACAGCUUCUCCAUCUGGUCAUCACAAACUCAGCUUCUCUCACCAACUUGCAGGUGUAUGAUCUAGGUGUAUCAGAUGAUAAGGUCAUUUCUAUGGAAUUACUAUCUUCAUCCUGUCCCAUUAACUCCAAACACAAAAUCUUUUUUUUUAGGAAUAUCAAAAGCAUAAGCCCAGAUAUCAUGGCAGGAGACCUCUUGCAGUUUUCAUGUGACUUCAUCAGCUGACGAAGCGGUGGAUUUUCACAACACACAGCUGAGCAGCCUCCUUGAUUAUCAUGACCCAGUCAUAUCCAAGCCUUUCACCCGCUCAGCACCUUGGUAUACAAAUGCACUACAGAAAAUGAAAGCAGCUGGAGGGAUUGUAGGGUGCUGCUUCGUCUACUCUGGUCUCACAGUCCAUAAACAAAUCUACAGAGAACACCAAAAGAUCUAUGCAGAAUCCCUCAAAGAAGCACAAUCCCUGUUUCACUCUGACACCAUAAGAAACUGACCUGGUAAUCCCAACAACCUUUCUCUCUGUAAACAAAUUCCUUAAACCCCAAUGCACGCCAUCUACAGUCUCCACUGGAGAACGACGCAAUAAUUUUGACCACAAAUCUUCCUUUAUUGGCUUCACAAUUAGGGAUGGGUACCUUUGACAUUUGAAUCGAUUCAGUACUAAUUCCCGGUACCUAGGAAUCGAUACCGGUACUUAACGGUACCAAUUUUCGAUACUUUUGAGUGUUUAAUAUUUUAAUUCUCUUUUAUAAUUAAAUACAUAUUUUUCUCAAUUUAUAACCAAAUUUGAUAAAUAUCACGAUAAAUAACAUACAACUGUUUGUAUUUUAACAUCGUCCUUGUAGUUUUAUAAGCUGAUAAUUAAACUGAAGCAAACAUCUUUACUGUGAACUAAAUUUACUGUGUGUCUUCAUUCCUUUUGCCGUCCUUUUUCAAUUGAUUUUUCCUACUGGGAAGUUAGAAUUUCCGAGGAGAAAGCGAACGCACCAUUAGAUGAUAACAAUGGCGGCAAUGGAAGCUAACAUAUCAAGCUAACGUUAUCUUAAACAGUUUAUUUAGCUGCUGGAGCAGAUUAAAACGAUGAUGCCUCACACUUAGAUCGUCACUGGUUUCAUCUUCACCCAAUCACCCGUCGCAUUUAGUAAAGUGAAGCCAAACUUUAGAACGCGUUCAUGUUCUUCUAGUCGGAAUUUCGGAGUUCUGAGGAGAAAGCGAACACACCAUUAGCGGAACAGAAGCUAACAUAUCAAGCUAACGUUAUCUUAAACAUUAUAUUUACCUACCGGAGCAGAUUAAGAUGAGGAUGUCUCACUUAGAUCGUUGUCGCUGGUUUCAUCAUCACCCAGUUACCCAUCACAUUUAGUGAAGUGGACCCAAGCUUUAGCGUGCGUUCUUUCUACCACGCUCUUGCGCAUGCGCAGCUGUCUAGGCAAGUUCUCGUUGUGAAGGACGGGUACCGAAACGAGGCACCGUUUCAAAUGAAGUGAAUCGGUGCUCGGUCGGUACUGUGGAAUUCGGUCGGUACCUUAAAAAGUACCGAAUUCAGUACCCAUCCCUAUUCACAAUACAACUGGACUCACCAACAUGGCCUUCAGUUGAUUCAAGUCAAACCUUGAACAGAGUACGUCUCUCAGACACUCCAGAACACGCUCUGCCACUUGUGAAGUCCCUCAGGGGUCUGUUCUUAGACUUAUCCUUUUCAUUCUUUACCUCUUCUCACUAAACCAAGUAAUCAGUCGUCAUGGCAUCAUUUCCACUGUUGUGAUGACACACAUCGAUGACACACAGUUCUACAUUAAAAUAACUGCUGCAGCUCCGGCAACAUCAUCUAAACUCAAAGUAUGUCUGCAGGAAAUUAGUGUGGAUGUGCCACAAUGUUCUACAAUUAAACACCUCCUGCAUAGAAACCAACAUGGUAGGCACCCCCCCACCCCACCCCCACCACCACAUCCAGUCAAUUCCUAUUACUGGUAUUACUUUCUCUAGUCACAAUGUUCCCCUUUCCCUUUCAGUUAUCAAAAUGAACUCCCAUCUUACCUUUGGAUCUUAUGUAAAUCACAUAUGCAAGAUUUCCUUCCAUCAUCUUCGUAACAUUGCCAAACCUGGUCUACUCUUACCCUACCAGAUGUAGAUCCAUGCUUUUGUCUCCUCUAGACUAGACUAUUGUAACUCACUGCUCCUUGCGAUCUCUGGCAAGAACCUUCGGAAGCUCCAAUACAGUCAGGUCUGUAAAUAUUGGGAUAUGGACACAAUGCUAACAUUUCUGGCUCUAUACACCACAAUGGAUAUCAAAUGAAACAAAUAAGAUGAGCUUUAACUGCAGACUGCCAGCUUUUAUUUGAGGGUAUUUACAUCCAAAUCAGGUGAACGGUGUAGGAAUUACCACAGUUUGCAUAUGUGCCUCCCACUUGUUAAGGGACCAAAAGUAAUGGGACAAUUGGCUUCUCAGCUGUUCCAUGGCCAGGUGUGAAUUAUUCCCUCAUUAUCCCAAUUACAAUGAGCAGAUAAAAGGUCCAGAGUUCAUUUCAAGUGUGCUAUUUGCAUUUGGUAUCUGUUGCUGUCAACUGUCAAGAUGAGAUCCAAAGAGCUGUCACUAUCAGUGAAGCAAGUUGUCAUUAGGCUGAAGAAACAAAAGAAACCUAUCAGAGAGAUAGCAAAACAUUAGGCGUGGUCAAAACAACAGUUUGGAAUGUUCUCAGAAAGAAGGAACGCACCGGUGAGCUCAGCAACACCAAAAUACCCGGAAGACCACGGAAAACAACUGUGGUGGAUGACGGAAGAAUCCUUUCCCUGGUGAAGAAAACACCCUUCACAACAGUUGGCCAGAUCGAGAACACUCUCCAGGAGGUAGGUGUGUCUGUGUCAAAGUCAACAACCAAGAGAAGACUCCACCAGCGUGAAUACAGAGGGUUCACCACAAGAUGUAAACCACUGGUGAGCCCCAAAAACAGGAAGGCCAGAUUAGAGUUUGCCAAACAACAUCUAAAGAAGCCUUCACAAUUCUGGAACAACAUUCUACGGACCGAUGAGACCAAGAUCAACUUGUACCAGAGUGAUGGGAAGAGAAGAGUAUGGAGACGGAAAAUAACUGCCUAAGCAUACCACCUCAUCAGUGAAGCAUGGUGCUGGAAGUGUCAUGGCGUGGGCCUGUAUGGCUGCCAGUGGAACUGGUUCUCUUGUAUUUAUUGAUGAUGUGACUGCUGACAAAAGCAGCACGAUGAAUUCUGAAGUGUUUCGGGCAAGAUUAUCUGCUCAUAUUCAGCCAAAUUCCUCAGAACUCAUUGGACGGCGCUCCACAGUGCAGAUGGACAAUGACCCAAAGCAUACUGCAAAAGCAACCAAAGAGUUUUUGAAGGGAAAGAAGUGGACUGUUUUGCAAUGGCCAAGUCAAUCACCUAACCUGAAUCCGAUUGAGCAUGAAUUUCACUUGCUGAAGACAAAACUGAAGGGAAAAUGCCCCAGGAACAAGCAGGAACUGAAGACUGUUGCAGUAGAGGCCUGGCAAAGCAUCACCAGGGAUGAAACCCAACGUCUGGUGAUGUCUAUGUGUUCCAGACUUCAGGCUGUAAUUGACUCAAAGGAUUUGCAACCAAGUAUUGAAACGUAUAAGUUUGAUUUAUGGUUCUUAUUCUAUCCCAUUACUUUUGGUCCCUUAACAAGUGGGAGGCACAUAUGCAAACUGUUGUAAUUCCUACACCAUUCACCUGAUUUGGAUGUAAAUACCCUCAAAUAAAAGCUGGCAGUCUGCAGUUAAAGCACAUCUUGUUCGUUUCAGUUGGUAUCCAUUAUGGUGGUGUAUAGAGCCAAAAAUGUUAGCAUUGUGUCGAUGUCCCGAUAUUUAUGGACCUGACUGUAUGUCCAAACAUCUGCACUGACUUUAAAAUCCCACAAUACAAUGGGCCUUUGCUACAGCCAACAAUCCUGUGAGGAGUGGUUUCAGUGUGAAGUCUGAAUGUGAUGUUAAAACACUGUUAGCAAAGGGGCCGUAGUUUGCAUCUAUUUCUUUUUUCUACUGUAGACUUUUGAAGGUGCGGAAGUGAUCAUAUAUGCUGAUGACUAACUGCUGUUUCUGUCUCAU